ACGGUAGUGUUAUGAAAUGAAUUUGAUAAUUGACAGCCCUUCUUAUAACUUUGCCCUUGUGCCUCCUUCGUUUCACGUAAUAUUGUUCUGUUCCUCUCCUCAGAGAAAAGCUGAAGCAGCUGAUUGAGAAGCGCAUAGGAAAGGAAAACUUUGUGGAGAAGCUGGGCUUUAUAAGCAAACACGAGCUGUACUCCCGUGCUGCUCAGAAACCUCAGCCGGCCUUCUCCGCUCCAGAACACAUGCUGUUCGAUCACGAGUUCACCAAACUCAUCAAAGAGCUGGAAGGGAUGAUAACAAAAGCUGUGCUUAAGUCGAGCGAGGAAGAGAAAAAGGAAGAAGAGGUGAAGAAAACACUAGAACAGCAUGACAGCAUUGUAACGCAGUACAAAGAGCUGAUUAGAGAACAGGAUUGUCAAAUAAAUGAGCUGAAGGAGCAAGUAGCAUCGCUGACUUCCCAGAGCGAGACGCUGCAGAGCACCGUAACACAGCAGUUCUCUCAGAUGCAGCAGCACAAAGACCAGUACAACAUCCUCAAACUCAAGCUGGGUAAAGACGGUCAUGUGAACAGCCUGCAGACGGAGGAGCAGAGCCGACUCCGAGAGAAGCUGGAGGAGCUGCAGAGACAAAACCAGCUGCUGCAGACACAGCUGACUGAAAGAGACUCGCUGAUGACCAGCCUGGUGUGUGAGAGUGUGUGUGUGUGAGAGUGUGUGUGAGAG